AACUCAAUGCUACAUACUACUGUGACUUUUAAUAACCAAUAACCCUGUUGACUUCCAGGGGAGGUGAGUACGGACAAGAUGAACUCUAUCAAAGACAGUGAGAAGAUGGGCAUCUUCAAGCAGACAGAAGGUUGCUCAAGAAGUUCUGGACAACUGCUGGAGCCUGGGAGAUAUCUGGUGAUGUUGACGAUAGCUGCAGCCUACUUCCUACACUCUCUGAUCCAGCAGUAGUUUAUACUGUAGAUCUAGGUUUGCAUCCCAAAUGGCACCCUAUUCCCCAUAUAGUGCACUACUUCUGACCAGAGGACUUCAAAAAUAUAUAUGUAUAUAUAUAUGUCACCUUUAUUUAACCAGGUAAGCCAGUUGAGAACAAACUCUCAUUUACAAUUGCGACCUGGCCAAGUUAAAGCAAGGCAGUGCGACACAAGCAACUAAACAGAGUUACGCAUGGAAUAAACAAACGUACAGUCAAUAACACAAUAGAACAAAUCGAUAUACAUUGUGUGCAAAUGAGGUAAGAUUAGGGAGGUAAGGCAAUAAAUAGGCUGUAGUGGCGAAGUAAUUACAAUUUAGCAGGCAAACUGGAGUGAUAGAUGUGCAGAAAAUGAAUGUGCAAGUAGAGAUACUGGGGUGCAAAGGAGCAAAAAAAAAUCAAAAAUAACAAUAUGGGGAUGAGGUAGUUGGAUGGGCUAUUUACAGAUGAGCUAUGUACAGGUGCAAUGAUCUGUGAGCUGCUCUGACAGCUGAUGCUUAAAGUUAGUGAGGGAGAUAUGAGUCUCCAGCUUCAGUAAUUUUAAAAAUUCAUUCCAGUCAUUGGCAGCAGAGAACUGGAAGGAAAGACGGCCAAAGGUGGAAUUGACUUUGUUGGUGACCAGUGAAAUAUACCUGCUGGAGCGCAUGCUACAGGUGGGUGCUGCUAUAGUGACCUGUGAGCUAAGAUAAGGCGGGGCUUUACCUAGCAAAGACUUGGGCUUUGGUCAAAAGUAGUGCACUAUAUAGGGAAUAGGGUGCCAUUUGGGCAUAGCCCUAACCCUCACUUUGAAUCAACACUGGAACUGUCAAAUAUUCCUAUUUUCUAAACUGCAAUGAAGUCUAUAUUUUGAUGAUCUUUUUGUCAUUGGUCUGAAUGGUGUGGGUUUGAAUUUGCUCUUGAAGCAAGCAUUUUUUUGUUUAUUUGUUUUUUUAUCCUAGAUAUAAAACAUAUAUAUAUAUACUUUAGAUGCCAACUAAAUGCCAACUUCCUGUACUAUAUUGUAAAUAUUCCACAUUUGGGUAAAUAUGACUGAGUUUACUGUUUCAGCCCAAUAUCCAGAACAUCAAAGCAAACGUAAUAGAGCAACAAUUGUUCAUUGCCCUUCCCUGUCCAAUUACUGUAUCAAAAAUGCAAUUUGAAGGAAAGAGAUGCUGUAAAUGUUUGCAAAUGUGUCCCAUUGUAUGUAUGCAUUGUUUUCUCAUGCAUUAAUGUAUUAAACUGCCACAUUCCCAUUUAAGGUGAAUUUCGAAGUCUUGCAUAUAUGUUUUUAUUGAGUAACCAUAAAAAUAAUAUGUGAUGAUGAAAACAUAUAUUUGGAUAAAUACGAAUUAUUGAAAACGUGAAAUUUCUAUAGGCCUUUUGCUCCUAUGCAGGGACGUAGGCUACAUACUGGUUCAUACAUGUUGUUGUUUACUUGAGCCGCUGUAUUUUGAAUUAAAGGGAGGCGAGUCUCAUCUCCGUGUGGUUAUUGGAAGAAGCUCGUGUCACGUGACCAGAAACGUCAAGGAUUCAAUGGCAGCCUACUGUUUUGUAAAUUAACACAAGCGACAGCUGCAUAAAAUAGUGUUUUAAACGACAGAAUUGCAUUUCUAAGACGCUGCCAUGUCUCCCAAGAUCACAGUGGAGCUGCUGCGGCAGCUACGGCAAGCCAUGAGGAACACCAAGUACAUCGCUGAGCCCAUCCAGGCCUACAUUGUCCCCUCUGGAGACGCACACCAGAGUGAAUACAUCGCACCAUGUGACUGCAGACGUGAAUUCAUCUGUGGCUUCAAUGGCUCCGCAGGCACGGCCAUAGUAACAGAGAAGCAUGCGGCCAUGUGGACAGACGGACGGUACUUCCUCCAGGCCAGCCAGCAGAUGGACAACAACUGGACCCUCAUGAAGAUGGGUCUGAAGGAGACACUUAGCCAGGAGGACUGGCUGAUCAGUGUGCUGCCUGAGAACUCGACAGUAGGAGUGGACCCCUGGAUCAUUGCUGCUGACCAGUGGAAGAACAUGUCUAAGGCCCUGGCCAGUGCAGGCCACUCCCUGGUGGCUGUUCAGGACAACCUGAUAGAUGCCAUCUGGAUGGACCGUCCAACCAGACCCUCCACUCAGCUCCUCACCCUGGGCCUGGGGUUCACGGGUCUGACCUGGCAGGACAAGAUGACCGCUCUGAGAUCCAAGAUGGCCGAGAGGAAGAUCUCUUGGUUCGUUGCCACGGCGCUGGAUGAGAUUGCAUGGCUGUUCAACCUCCGUGGCUCUGACAUCGAGUACAACCCUGUUUUCUUUGCGUACGCCAUCGUUGGAAUGAACACAAUCAGGCUCUUCGUGGACAUCAAGCGUCUGGCCGUGCCGACGGUGAGGGAGCACCUUCAGCUGGACACGCCCUCCAAGGUGGAGCUUAGCAUCCAGACUGCCCCCUAUGAGUCUGUGUUCACAGAGCUGCAGGCUGUGUGUGCCUCCCUGGGGCCCAAGGAGAAGGUGUGGAUCAGCGACAAAGCCAGCUGCGCCCUCACGCAGGUCAUCCCCAAGGCCCACCGGUCUCCUAUCCCCUACACUCCUCUCUGCCUCGCCAAAGCUGUCAAGAACGCCACCGAGAUUCAAGGGAUGAAAAUGGCCCAUAUCAAGGAUGCUGUCGCCCUUUGUGAGCUCUUCGCUUGGUUGGAAAAAGAGAUUCCAAAAGGCACAGUGACUGAGAUAUCUGCAGCAGAUAAGGCCGAGGAGUUACGCAGCCAACAGAAAGACUUUGUCGGACUCAGCUUCCCAUCCAUUUCCAGUGUUGGACCAAACGGAGCAAUCAUUCAUUACAGACCCCUCCCUGAAACCAACAGAACUCUCUCUCUAAACGAAAUCUACCUCCUCGACUCUGGAGCCCAGUAUAUUGAUGGAACAACAGACGUCACCCGCACCAUGCACUUUGGGUCCCCCUCUGCUUAUGAGAAGGAAACCUUCACCUAUGUUCUGAAGGGACAUAUAGCUGUCAGCGCUGCCAUUUUCCCCAACGGAACCAAAGGCCACCUGCUGGACUCGUUUGCCCGCCAGGCGCUGUGGGAGUCUGGGCUGGACUACCUUCAUGGUACGGGCCACGGGGUGGGAUGUUUCCUCAAUGUCCACGAGGGACCCUGUGGGAUCUCCUACAAGACCUUCGCCGACGAGCCCCUGGAGGCAGGCAUGAUUGUCAGCGAUGAACCUGGGUACUAUGAGGACGGUUUGUUUGGCAUUCGAAUUGAAAACGUUGUUCUGGUGGUGCCAGCAAAACCCAAGUAUAACUACAGGAACAAGGGCAGUUUGACGUUUGAGCCUCUCACUCUGGUCCCCAUCCAAGCCAAGAUGGUAAACACAGAUCUUCUCACCCAGAAAGAGCGUGAUUGGGUGAACGAGUACCACAGGCAGUGCCGGGAGACGAUUGGAGCAGAGCUGGAGAGGCAGGGCCGCAAGGAGGCCAUGGAUUGGCUGAUCAGGGAAACCCAGCCAAUCGCCUGAAGGCUAUUCUGUGACUGACCCUUAUUUAAUUAAAUUGUAUUGCCCAGGAGUACAAUUUUUGAUCGCUCAUCUCAGCAGUGAUGAUAACCUUUUCUUUUGAUAUUUUCUCUGAGAAGCUACUAUCUAUGGUUCUGGUCUCUGUGUAUUUCACGCUAUGCUUCUUUUCUAAAGCAUCAUCACCAUCCAUGUCUGAACUGUUUUAUGGCGAUUCAAUAAAUAUCCAAGUGUGGAAAAAAGGA